CUGAUUUGGAUUGUCACUGCGUGUUUGUAGUUGGCCGCCUGCAGGGACGCGCAGGCUCCCAUCGGUGGGAAUCGGGGCCAAAGGGAGCCGGAUCAGAGGUGUCAGCCCGGGAAACAGGGGAGGAUGACUGGAUGGAGAUGUUGUGACAGCGUCGGCUGACACACGCUUUCUACUCUGAGGUUGAUGUUAAAAACUGCGAAGAAGACAACCCGUCCUCCUGUGUGUUGUUAGGCCGAGGCUGCGUGGCGACGGGGUGUGGAUCUGAUGGUGGCUCACGCUGUACUGUAUAUUCCCCCCUUUUGCAAAUUGGAGCAAAUUGCCUCUGCCUGCAGCUGACUCGCUCUGCACGACGACUGAAGUUCAUGUUGAGAGAUUAAAGACUAGAGGCAGUUUGGAAAAGCCCUGCAUUGCCCGUGGUCCUUUCAGAUUCCAACCAUCCCCAUCAAUGAAUACUCCCUCCCUCCCUCCCUCCCUCCCUCCCUCAUGCUCCUCCCUCAGUUCAGACCUCUGAGCCUCCCUCUGCCUCUCCUCAUCCGACCGUUCCACUCCUCAACUCACUCUUUUCCUGAAGCCCAGAGGGACUGACCUUUCACCUCCUGACAGCUCACAGAAUGCCUUUCGGGGGAGGAAACAAGUGCGGCUGCUGCCAGAAAACCGUCUACUUCGCCGAGGAGGUGCAGUGCGAGGGGAAGAGCUGGCAUAAAUCCUGCUUUCUGUGCAUGGUCUGUAAGAAGAACUUGGACAGCACCACAGUGGCCGUCCACGUGGAUGAGAUCUACUGCAAGUCCUGCUAUGGCAAGAAGUACGGGCCCAAAGGUUACGGCUUCGGGGGCGGGGCCGGCACCCUGAGUAUGGACACCGGAGAGGGACUUGGAAUCAAGCCCGAAGUGCAAGCCCCUCACCGGCCCACAAACAACCCCAACCCCAACGCCUCCAAGUUCACCCAGAAGCCAGGCGGCUCAGAUGUGUGUCCCCGAUGCGGGAAGACGGUGUACGCCGCCGAGAAGGUUGUCGCAGGAGGCAACUCCUGGCACAAAGGCUGCUUCCGCUGCGCCAAGUGUGGAAAAGGACUCGAGUCCACGACGGUCGCUGACCGGGACGGGGAGGUCUUCUGCAAAGGCUGCUACGCAAAGAACUUCGGUCCCAAAGGGUUCGGCUUCGGUCAGGGUGCAGGAGCUCUGGCUCACUCCCAGUGAAGCUGGAGCGAGGACUCACCUCACUGUGAUGCCGUCGUCGACAUCCAGCCUACUUUAAUCUGCCCGCCCACCGCAGCUAAAGGCAAAGAGGAACGAAAGAGGCGCACAGCGCACAGCUUCUUGUACGAGCUCACCGAGCCGAUUGAGCUUUCUAUGUCACGUAUGUUAUGACGAUGCUCAUCAAGUGUUUCAAACUAAAUUCUAACUGUGUUCGGAUGUGCUCAUUGUGUGUGUGUGUGUGUGUGUGUGUGUGUUUGUUGACUGCAAAUCGAAGAGACACUUCCACUGUAGUAAUAUGAUUAAGUUUGGCAAAUGUUGAGUUUGAUUAAUGUCCGAAUCGGUCUGGAGCAGACCCAAGAUAAAGCUUUCCCGCCUCACGUGUCACAUGGUGGUGUCUUCAGAUGCGCUUUCAUCCCGAGACACAAGACAAACGGACAAUGGAAGUUGUACUAACAGCCCCGUGAUGCUGCUCUGGCCCGCUCCACACCGGCGCCAUUGUUCUGUUUACGGUCCUGGUGCGAUGAAAUCAUGGCGCCGCCGGGCGAGCUUCGACAUGAAAAAAAAAACAGAGCUAAAGGCCAGCGGUUGUUUGGGGGAACAAACGGAGUCGCAGUGCUCGGGCCGAAGGGCCCCGCAGCUGUCUGUCAGCGCGUCAGCUGUAAUGGGUUUGUCCUCUGACCUUUGCCUUGAGUCUCCUUCUGUGUCAAGAUACUGUGGACAUGUGCUUUUAAAUGCCUUCAGCACUUUGCCCAGCAGAGGGCCCCCUAGUCUACCAGCAGAGGGCCCCCUAGUCUACCAGCAGAGGGCCCCCUAGUCAACCAGCAGAGGGCCCCCUAGUCAACCAGCAGAGGGCCCCCUGGUCUACCAGCAGAGGGCCCCCUAGUCAACCAGCAGAGGGCCCCCUAGUCAACCAGCAGAGGGCCCCCUGGUCUACCAGCAGAGGGCCCCCUAGUCAACCAGCAGAGGGCCCCCUAGUCAACCAGCAGAGGGCCCCCUGGUCUCCCAGCAGAGGGCCCCCUAGUCAACCAGCAGAGGGCCCCCUGGUCUACCAGCAGAGGGCCCCCUGGUCUCCCAGCAGAGGGCCCCCUAGUCAACCAGCAGAGGGCCCCCUGGUCUACCAGCAGAGGGCCCCAUGGUCUCCCAGCAGAGGGCCCCCUAGUCAACCAGCAGAGGGCCCCCUAGUCAACCAGCAGAGGGCCCCCUAGUCUACCAGCAGAGGGCCCCCUAGUCAACCAGCAGAGGGCCCCCUAGUCUCCCAGCAGAGGGCCCCCUAGUCAACCAGCAGUGGGACAAUUCAAACAAACUCCACUUUUACCAGCUGUAUUGCAUCGCUUUAUUGCAUCAUUAAUCAAAAAGAUCAUAAAGGCUGACAAUAAAUAUAAUGUUUGA